CACAGAUUAUUCCCAGUAUAUUGCGACUGUUAGACUAUCAGGAACUUCAACGCUAUGUCUCCUUAUUUCUCGAUGCAUUUAAAAUGGAUUAUAUUCGCGAGCUUGUUAAUUUUUGUCAUCAUUGAAGAAACUACAUCAGAUGAAGCUCUGUUGCUGCAAAAAGACAACCCGGGAAUGCCAUUAGCUGUGAUUGUGACCAAGGAAGGUGAUUCUUCUCGUACAAAACUACGACUCGCCACACCUCGCGAAUACGAACAAGAUCGCGACUAUGUUGUCUAUCAUUACAAUGAUUCUAAUGAUUUGGACGCUCCUGAAGAAAAAUUCAUGCUAGCAUGUCCCCCAUAUUAUUUAGAAGUAGAACAACAAUGGCUACAACAUGAUGCAACGUCUAGUGAAAGCAGACUAUUUACCCUCAUUGAAUAUACAUCUGAUCGUAGAGAUUCCGAAUGUAAAGAACGUAUGAUACCGUCGAUUAAAAAAAUCCAAAAGGAAGAGAACGAAAGCAAAAGGAAACAUUGUACUCGUAGCGAAUCGCAAGCAGAAAUGUAUGAAGUCGGAUAUCCGGUGUUAAGCAACAACGCAGGAACGGUGCAAGAUAUUCAAUUUUUACCAGUAUACAAAAUAUGCCAUUUAAGUGCCAAAGGUAAAGGAGCAACACUAUAUUCCAUUCAUCGAAUCGAAGCACCCAGCCUGCUGUUUCAGCGUGAAAUAAAAGAACUUCCCGAGUUGUAUCCUUGGAGUGACAAUCUUGUAUCGUAUUUGGAUGAAAAUUUAAAAACGAUAAAGCCAUUAAAAUACCAGAUAAACGAGUAUUACGCAUACCAGUUUGUUGAAACUGACGACAUGCCAAUCAGGUCAUGGGAACGAACCACCAAGUUUCUUUUCAAUUACACUCCCAUCACCAAAAACGAGGAUUUAUUCAAGGGCGUGAUCAGAGCUGACUUUUUCAUUCGAUUGUACAGCAAAAAAAACGACAAACAACUGACUCUGUAUUCAGGCACACAUCAAACACGUAUAGCAAAUGAUACAGGUCCAGUCGGUUGCUUUAAAAAAUUGUGUGGAUUCACAAUUCUUAUCGAGUCAUUUUGGAGAAUUAUAAAGGAUGAUUCCGGAAAAGCCAUCAUUUUAGUAACCCAGCAUACACAGAGGGAAUGCGGCGAAGACGAAGAGUAUUUAUGCGAGGCAAAUCGUAAAAUGAAAAAAUACGAAAAUGGGGGCUGUACGUACACGUGUUCGAUGCACGAUCCAGUCCAUAAUCCUACAUUGGAUCUACUGAACUUGCCCGACAUCGAGAUCAACGGAAAUUUAGAUUUUACAUUUGAAAUAAAUGAAACCGAGACGAAUUCUAGAGAUGGACAAGGGUCAUCCGGUACAAAAUCCUCCAAAAAGAUCGAUAUUAUCGAUUUCUUAAACGAGAAAUCCUUUAUGGAUACUGUGAGAAAAAUUGACGAGAAAAUUGCUGGGAAUAUAAGUUUUCAACCUGCAUGACCAGUGGUCGCAAUAGCGAAAGACGAGGAUAGAGAAGAAUAACUUUCUAUGUAAAAAACGAACGAUGACAUCGUUUCAUAAAUGUAAAAUUCGUAUUAUCAAUAAGUUUCAUUCUUAUUCGUAAGGUAAAUUACCUAUUAAUAUAGCUUGGCAAAUU